UAUAAUGUUUAUUCCCCAAAGCUAAAGUGAGAAAGGAGAACUUUUCUCUUGGGGGACCUUCCUCGCACAUCCUGUUGUGGUCUUUGUACCUGUUAUCAAGAUCACAAAAGUUCUGUCGUACGAUGUUAAAAGAUCAUAAUUUGACAACUCAACGGUCUUUCCACCAACUUGCACAAAAGAAACCAUUUCUUCCAUCUGCUGUAUGGCAUAAUGCAGUAAGAGGCAUGUUUAUUCAAACUCAGGACACACCAAAUCCAAAUAGUUUGAAGUUUAUUCCAGGGAAGGAAGUGCUGGAGUCAAGGACUAUGGAGUUUUCCACACCAGCUGCAGCAUUUUGCUCACCUUUAGCAAGGCAGUUAUUCAAAAUUGAAGGAGUUAAAAGUAUUUUCUUUGGACCAGACUUCAUCACAAUCACCAAGGAGAGUGAAGACCUGGAUUGGAAUUUACUGAAACCAGAUAUUUAUGCAACUAUAAUGGAUUUCUUUGCCUCUGGCCUACCUGUAGUUACUGACGAGGCACCUAGGACAGAUACAGCUGCAUCAGAAGAAGAUGAUGAAGUUGUACUGAUGAUUAAAGAACUUCUGGAUACAAGAAUAAGGCCGACAGUGCAAGAAGAUGGUGGUGAUGUUAUUUAUAAAGGCUUUGAGGAUGGGAUUGUGCAGCUGAAGUUGCAGGGUUCAUGCACCAGCUGUCCCAGUUCCAUCAUCACCUUGAAGAAUGGGAUACAGAACAUGCUCCAGUUCUACAUCCCUGAAGUAGAAGGCGUGGAACAGAGGAUGUAAUAUUGCCAUCACUUGUGGAAAGUUACCUACUUGCUCACUACCACUGUGCAAACAAUAGCAACAGAAAGAAAAAACGUGAGUUGUUUGUUAUAAAAAUUGUAUCUUUUAAAAUAAAUGUUAGAAGAUGAUCCUUAUCAGCUUUAGUAAGUAGAGAGACUAAUUAGCUUAUUUAGAAGUAAAAUUGUUCAGCCACCGUUAGUGGUCUGUUUAAACUUGCGAAAGAUGAUUUCUCAACGUAAUACUCCAACAUCAAGAUGAAUGUGCAGUGCUUAAGGGCAUAAAUUACAUUCGUAGGGUAGCAAAGAAAAUUAACGUGUUUACCUAUGCCAUAUCCUGUUUGCUCCUUCUGCAGUGCCAAAGGGCACAGCAUUAUAACUUGGCUGCCCUGGCUGAGUGAGGGAAGACGUGGCAGAGCAGAACACGUUCCAGUUUUAAAGACUAUGGGAAGAGAAAUAUUUAUUAGUCUGAAAUUGAAAUACGUAAAUCAGGCUUCGCAAGUACUUCUGUUUACUUGCCCACGUAGGACUUAAUUUCUUCCUGGUGCCUAGCUUUAGCAGAUGGCUUUGCUAAUGGAAAUACUAUUUCUUCUUUGUGCUGCCAUAAUUGAGCCGAGUUUGUGGUCAUUAUUUGGCUUACGGUUAUAAUCAUAUUCCCUGCGUGCAAGGAUUUGACAGCCUCCGGUAUGUUCCCCUCUUCCACUCCUCGCCAGUGUAAUUCCACUGAGUCCCUAAACAGGAUCAAUUAAGUCAGUGGAGAAUCUUUUAUAUAGCAUGCAGAUCAGCAUAUGGUAGCCAUAAACUUUGUAUUACUUGUUAGAAAUUUGAAAAUAAAUAUUUUCGCAAAAUAUUUCUUCAGCUUUCAUGGAGAGUAAUAACCUACAGUCAUUUAAAUUACCCACUCAGGAUUUGGAAAUUGGUUUGAAAUUAUCGUGUUUUCUUUACCCUGUUACGAAGUACGCGGUGCCUGAUCUUACAAGUGUACUGAUGACAAAAUUCCCCUCGAGGUAGGCUCAGACUAUCCAAAAGAGAGCUUGUGCAAACGUUAUCGCCAUGUUCUUCUUUGUCAGCAAACCAUAGAAUGGCGAGUAAUGUUUCUGGUUUCUCAAAAAUAGAGCUUUUUAGGCCUAAUUUGUCAAUUUAAUGUACUAUAUAAGCCAAAACUUAAACAGCAGAGUAGCUGUUUUGUGUGUUAAAUAAA